UGAAGCGUGUGAAAGUGGCAGCAUCUUUGAGGGUUUGUUGCCACAAGAUCUUAAUAUUUAUGUUACAACGGCAGCAAAUGCGGUAGAAAGUAGCUGGGCAGCAUACUGCCCUGGGAUGGAAAUGCCACCUCCACCUGAAUAUGAUACAUGUUUAGGUGACUUAUACAGUGUUUCUUGGAUGGAGGACAGGUAAUAAGCAUUAGCUGUAAUAUAUGUACUAGUACAAGUUUGUAUCAGUUGUCCACAACCAUGACGCUUGCUUGCUAUUCUAAACCAUUCGAUCCUAUUUAAUUUGAAGUGAAACUCACAAUCUAAAGAAGGAAACAAUCAAGCAGCAGUACGAGGUAGUUAAAGCGAGAACGGCACCCCUGAAUGAGUCUAGUAUAGGUUCUCAUGUCAUGGAGUAUGGUGACAAGACAUUCAAGGGUGACAUGCUUUUCCUCUAUCAAGGUUUCGAUCCUGCAAAGUUAAACAUCAGAAAUAGGCCGCUGCCUACGCCCAGCCUCAAGGGUGCAAUCAAGCAAAGAUACACCGAUAUUCUUUUCAUGUGGAAGAAGUAUGAGAAGUUGAAUGUGGGAUCGGAAGAGAAGCUGAGGGCCCUCAGGGAGGUCAAAGAAACCGUUCUACACAGGAAGCAUCUAGACAGCAGUAUCGAUUUCAUCGGGAAGCUUGUCUUUGGAUUCGAAAAGGGGCCUUCAGUGCUUGGGGCUGUUAGAGGCUCGGGCCAGCCAUUAGUCGACGAUUGGGAUUGUCUGGAGAUCAUGCUGAGUGCAACAAUUCCUUAUUUGAAUCCCAUGAACAUGCAACACCCUCCACUCUUUGUGUUUCUGAUAGAACUUACUCUGCUAUACUGAUGCCAAUUGCCAGGUGCGAGUUUUCGAGUCCCAUUGCGGAUCACUCACUUGGUAUGGCAUAAAAUACAUGAGGGCGUUCGCAAACAUCUGCAACAAUGGCAUCUCCAAGACCAAGAUGAAGGAGGCAAGCAUCAACGCUUGCGACGGCUACGACUUGGGGAAGUGGAGCCCGUUGGUUCGAGGGCACAGCGCCUGAUCCACUGCACUCAAGUUCAUGGGAGCAGUAGCAAAUGCUCCGGAGGUUCCUAGACCUUGUAUGGUGUACAUACAUGGUAGAUGGUACAUAGGUAUACAUACAAGAAACAACCCAGUAAUGGUACCCCUGUGGUGUUGGGUUAAUCAGUAGUGUGUGGUCAUGCCUCUGAAAAUCAAAUUUGACUGCAAUCAA